AGAAUAUCUAUCUCUCCAGAGACAGUGGCAAUUUUGUCAGAAACCGCAGCCAUCCAUAUUCUGAAGAGGACAACCGUGACCCCUGCAAAGGCUUUUCUCCAUCUGUAACAGGUUUACUGAGAGAGGUGCCAUCCAUAAUUUUGUUCUUGUUGUGAACUUGGCAAUGGAAGUUUUGCUGCCAAAACUUCCUUCUUUCAAAUUUCCGAGUCCCAGUCACUGCUGCUCGAUCACUAUUAGGAGCUCAUCAAUUGUAAGAUUUGGGUUGCGACGCGUAUCGUCUCUCUCUGUUUUUGCAUCAACUGUCAACGAAGCUGUAGCUCAACCAGCUAUUGGCACCCCAUCUUUGGGGCACUCCACCCGUCCGCACUUUCCUAUACUUCAUCAGGAAGUAAAUGGCUCAAAACUUGUUUACUUAGACAAUGCAGCAACUUCUCAGAAGCCCACCGUUGUAUUGAAGGCAUUGCAAAACUACUAUGAAGGUUACAAUUCAAAUGUUCAUCGGGGCAUACAUUUCUUGAGUGCAAAGGCCACAGAUGAGUAUGAAUCAGCUAGAAGGAAAGUUGCAUCUUUCAUAAAUGCUUCUGAUUCUAGAGAAAUUAUAUUCACAAAAAAUGCUUCUGAAGCUAUCAAUCUUGUUGCUUAUUCUUGGGGGUUGUCAAAUUUAAAACCAGAAGACGAGAUCAUACUUACAGUUGCUGAGCAUCACAGUGCGAUUGUUCCUUGGCAACUAGUAGCUGAAAAAGUAGGGGCUGUUUUGAAAUUUGUGGAUUUAAACCAAGAUGGAAUUCCAGAUAUAGGCAAAUUGAAAGAUAUGUUCUCACGGAAGACCAAAAUAGUAGUUGUCCAUCAUGUUUCAAAUGUGCUUGCUUCUGUCCUUCCUAUUAGAGAUAUAGCACAAUGGGCACAUGAUGUUGGAGCAAAAGUUCUUGUAGAUGCUUGUCAGAGUGUUCCACACAUGGUGGUUGACGUCCAGAGCCUUAAUGUUGAUUUUCUUGUUGCUUCUUCUCACAAGAUGUGUGGGCCCACGGGAAUUGGAUUCUUAUAUGGUAGAAUAGACCUCUUAUCUUCCAUGCCUCCAUUUUUAGGUGGUGGUGAAAUGAUUUCUGAUGUAUAUCUUGAUCAUUCAACUUAUGCCGAACCUCCUUCCAGAUUUGAGGCUGGAACACCAGCUAUUGGGGAAGCAAUUGGUUUAGGAGCAGCAAUUGAUUACUUAUCUGGGAUUGGUAUGCAAACUAUACAUGAUUAUGAGGUGGAGCUAGGUAGAUAUCUGUACGAAAGGCUUCUUUCAGUCCCAAAUAUUCGUAUCUAUGGGCCAGCGCCUUCAGAAAAUGUCCAACGAGCAGCUCUUUGUUCUUUCAAUGUUGAGAAUUUGCACCCCACUGAUCUUGCAACAUUUCUGGACCAACAGCAUGGAGUGGCUAUCAGAUCAGGUCACCAUUGUGCCCAACCCCUCCAUCGCUUCUUAGGAGUCAGCUCAAGUGCACGCGCUAGUCUCUACUUCUACAACACAAAGGAAGAUGUGGACUACUUUAUCCAUGCCCUCAACGACACAGUCAGCUUUUUCAACUCAUUCAAGUAACCAGGAUGUAUUUUAAUGUAUAUUAAAUUUUGUUUACACGCCAAUGAGAGGGCUGUCUCAGUUGGUAGGAAAGCUGCGUCAAUUAAAUGUCUUUGAAUUUCAUUCCUUCUAUUGAUAUCAAUGGUAGGAACCAGGCAUCCAUUAAUUGCAGUAUUAGAACCUAUCUACAGCUAAACUUUUAUGCCUAAAGAGAAUGCCCUUAAGCAUUUAAAUUUUUCCCCCUCAUCAUGUUGGAAGGUGAAUGUUUUAUCCAUUUUUACUUUUUGAUGGAAUAAUAUGAUGUCUAGUGCUCA